AUGUACCGAGGAGAGACUCCCGAAGAUAUCAAAGAAAGAUGUCUUGAGUUAUGCAAAGAGUAUUUAUCAGACAAUUGGAGACAACAAACUGUGGAUACGAUUUCUGUGCGAAGAAUUACCGGCGGAAGGAGUAAUCAAUUAUAUUACUGCGGAAUCACUUCGCCGUCCAUCGAGUCAACUGCUCCUCAAGAAGUGGCCAUAAGAUUGUAUGGAAACAAGUGGUGGAAUAAUAUGAACAGAGAUGGGAGCGGAAGAGUCACUGAUAUGAAAAGUGAAAGGCUGAAUGAUGUAAUCAUCUCUCUUAUGGUCUCUGAGAAAAAUUUGGGACCAAAAUUAUACGGACUCUUCGAUGGCGGACAGAUUCAGCACUUUUAUCAUGUCGGAAAGUUUACAAUGAAAGAGCAGAAUAAUCCCAAACUAGUGAAGGAAUUGUUUCGAAAGUUGGCUCAAAUCCACGCCCUGGAAGUGCCUCUUCCUAAGAGCGAAAUCAUUAUCAAAGAGAUUGAUCUCCACUAUAAGGAGGCGUCCGAAAGGUUUUCAUUUGAAGAAUUGUUUGAUAAAUACAAUUGCGAAACAUUCAAAGCAAACGACUUGAGUGUUGAGAUUCAAUGGUUAAAGAAUAUGAUCACUAAAACCAAGAGUCCGAUAGUCUUCUCGCACAACGACUUUUGGAGCAGUAAUAUAAUGGUUUUGAACGAAGAGAGCGAUUCCGGGGAUCAGUUGGUUAUCUGUGACUACGAAUACGCGAGUUAUGCGAACCGAGGCAUGGAUUUGGGACAUGUUAUCGGCGAAUGGGGUCGAGAAGGCAAUGACAUCAUGUCUGACGAAACCUUUGCCGCCGACUCUGUUGUCAAACAAUUGCUUCAACUUUAUAUCAAUGAAAAUGAGAUCAUUUAUGGCGAGAGUUGGUCUCAGAAUGAGAACAAUUCAAUGGAUCAGCUCUUGAGAGAAGCAAAAAAUUUUGGUGAAAAUAAAAACCACUUUAAAUCGAUGGCAGAAAACGAAGUAAAUAUUGAUUUACUCGUGAGAGGAGAGACUCCCGAAGAUAUCAACGAAAGAUGUCUUGAGUUAUGCAAAGAGUAUUUGGCAGACAAUUGGAGACAACAAACAGUGGACACGAUUUCUGUGCGAAGAAUUACUGGCGGAAGAAGUAAUCAAUUAUAUUAUUGCGGAAUUACUUCGCCGUCCAUCGAGUCUACUGUAGCCCAAGAAGUGGUCAUAAGAUUAUACGGAAAAAAGUGGUGGAAUAAUAUGAACAGAGAUGGGAGUAAAAGAAUCACUGAUAUGAACAGUGAAAGACUGAGUGAUGUAAUCAUCUCUCUUAUGGUGUCUGAGAAAAAUUUGGGACCAAAAAUAUACGGACUCUUUGAUAGCGGACAGAUUCAACAAUUUUACCAUGUCGACAAAUUUAUACUCACAGAACAAACUAAUCCCAAACUAGUGAAGGAAUUAUUCCGAAAGUUGGCUCAAAUCCACGCCCUGGAAGUGCCUCUUCCUAAGAGUGAAAUCAUUGUUAAAGAGAUUGAACUCCACUAUAAGGAGGCGUCCGAAAGGUUUUCAUUUGAAGAAUUGUUUGAUAAAUACAAUUGUGAAACAUUCAAAGCAAACGAUUUGUGGUCUGAGAUUCAAUGGUUAAAGAAUAUUAUCAUUAAAACCAAGAGUCCGAUAGUCUAUUCUCACAAUGACUUUAAGUGCUAUAAUAUAAUGUUGUUAAACAAAGAGACCGAUUCCGGGGAUCAGUUGGUUAUCUGUGACUACGAAUACUCGAGUUAUGGCAACCGAGGCAUGGAUUUGGGGACUAUUAUUGAGGAAUGGGGUCGAGAAAGUGGUCACAUCACUCACGACCAAACCUUUACCCCCGACUCUGUUGCCAAACAAUUACUACAACACUAUAUCUGCGAAAAUGAGAUGAUUUAUGGCAAGAAUUGGUCUCAGAAUGAGAACAAUUCAAUAGAUCAGCUUAUGAGAGAAGCAAAAAUUUAUUUAAUUUAA